AUGCCAUGCAGACUUCUACAUCAAAGGGAAACGAGGUCGGGAGGGCCAAGGGGUCCACAGCACUCCGCACCCAUGGGGCCAGGCUGGCGCAACGCCCCAACGCUGCAACCCUGGGAAGAGUCACACGCACCCUCCCGGGACCCACGUGACUGUCAAGGGAGUGUGGCGGACACAUCCUUCGGGGGUGACGCCCCUGCAGAUGGAGUUUCCCCAUCUGUGCCACCCUUGCGAGGCCUGGGAAAGGCUGCAGGGCCAGGCGGCACUGGGCAAACUGAGUGCCAGGUAGUCAUUGCAACAUGCUGGGCAAAUCUGAAACCAUGGGGACAGACGAGCUGCACCCCUGGGAAAGAGGACAGAGGGAGGCGGUUAUCAACGUCCUCCUGUGCCUCAGUUUCCAGAAACAAGCCAGACUCAGUGCCUCAGGGAGACCCCGUGUGGCCUCCAGAGAGCACAGGACCCGCCCUUUGUGCAGGUGAGGAAACCGAACCCCAGAGCAGUGCAGGACUGGCCUGGGGACCCCGGGCUGAGCCCUGGGCGCCUUCCCUCUGCCCAUCUCAGACAGGCACGGCCAGCACCGCCUCGCCCCAACGCGCCUCCAGACUGGCCCUCCAGGGGCCCCCAGGCACAAUCCUCUCACUUUCCUCCUCAAGCCCCCGCCCUUCCCCUUCACACCAUGACCUAGGGGCUGCUAGCAGCUAGGCGGGGCUCCAAGGCUUGAAGCUGCUUCUCCAGGUCUCUUUCCAGGGGGCGGCAGAUGGCUGCUCACUCAGCGACGCCGACACCAACAGGACGGGACCCAUGCACGGGUCUGACUUCCCUCCCAGGCUCUGCCUUCACUCAAUGGCCCUGUGGGGCAGCUGGGGCUCCCGGCCGCCCUCCCCUGCCCAUAGCCAUGAGGUUUCUUCCUAGGGUUCUGUUUUCCCCACAGUCGGAAUUGAGGUGCUGGGAGGCUCCAGGAGAGGGACGGGGUGGAGCGAGUGGCCUGGAGCCCCCCAGAGCAGACCCCAAAGAGAAGGGUCAGAAGUGCCCUGUGGGGUCUGGGCAGCUGGGCGGAGCCCACAAGCCUGAGACCCUGUGGGAAGGAAGUGCCCCCACCCCGUGGUAAGAAAGGGGCUGGUAGAGGCUCCUAUGUGGCCCCCUCUGUCCCCUCCCCACCUCUGGCCAGGCUUGGGAUGAGCCCUGAGUGGACACAGGCGCCACAAUGGGGUCUCGGGGGUGAGGGCUGAGGAGGCUGAGCCUCCAAGGACCCCAGGGUGCCUGUCCCCACUGCACA